AACGCGUAAACAUCAUAAUAAUUAUGAGUAUUUAAGCAACCUCAACGAAGUGCAGUGGAAACGCAGAAUCGUACAUAAAAACGAAUUCAAAAUCAAGUACAAAUUAUUUUAGACUAAUUAAAAAGAGCAAAAAGUGAAAAGUUGUCCGUUAUUUGUGCGGUGCCAGCAGAAUUUAAGUAAUAUUUCGCAAUUCCUAAGUGAAACGCCUCUAGCCGAAAAAAGUCAGUUUUUGUUUACUCUACAUUAUCGAUCGCCGCGUUUCUCAUUUGCGGAACGCCGUCGCUUAUCACUAGGCCAGGAAGGCAACGCUCGUGCCUUUCCCAAUACCCGAAUCAGUUUCAGCCAAAGUAAAUAGAAAACGAGGCGAGUCCAUUAGCGUUUGCCCAAAUAUUUGAGGCUCUCCUUCUCUGUGCUGAUAACGAUGCCCACACACAUUGCCGGCAAGGUGCAAUAGAGCCACGCCUACACCAUGAGCAGCCUUCGGCCUGCUAGUGUCUGCGAUACGACGCCGCUGCAACGCUUCGAGAGCCAAAGCAGCAGCGGCGAGGAGCCGUCCUCGCCAACAGCGGCUAGCAUCAUAGCAGCCGCCACUUCUGCAGCCAUGCCCAACUCCUCGAACUCCCAACAACACCAACACCAACACCAACACCAGCAGCAGCAGCAGCAGGAACAGCACCACAACAACAAUAAUAAUAUUAGCAACAAUGUAAAAGUUGAUUUACAGCUGCCGCCAUUCGUGGGGGGUACAGCGGGCGCAGGGCGAGGAGCACGCGGACAGAAAGCAGCUGACUCCAAGCCACGAGAGCGCGGCACGGCUCACAUCUUUAGGCGCAUUGCAGUGGACUUUAGCCUGCUUGGCUGCGCCGGCUUGACCAUGGUUGUCUUAUCGUCAUGCUGUGAGCCGCAUUCGCGCGGGUUCUUCUGCAAUGAUCUCUCUUUGAGGCAUCCCUAUAAAGAGUCCACCAUAAAGAGCUGGAUGCUGUAUCUGAUGUGUGGGGUGCUGCCCAUAUCUAUGAUUUUACUGGUUGAAUUCUAUAGGGCACAGGACUGGACUAGGCUUUCGCAUCACAACCAACUGCAUAGCAGUGGCUACUUUUUGUGCCACAUGGAGCUGCCACACUGGGCGGUGGACAGCUAUCGUAUGAUUAGCACCUUCUUCUUUGGCCUGGGCAUCGAGCAGUUGACAACGGACAUAGCCAAAUAUACCAUUGGACGACUGCGACCCCAUUUCUUCACACUCUGUCAGCCUGUGCUGCCCGACGGCACCACUUGCAAUGAUUACGUCAAUGAGGGUCGCUACAUUGAGGACUACGUCUGCACGGCCAAGGACAUAAGUGCGAAGCAGCUGAAGAGCAUGCAUCUCUCUUUCCCCAGUGGUCAUUCGAGCUUUGCUUUCUUCUCCAUGAUCUACAUUGUGAUUUACUUGCAGCGACGCAUGAAAUGUUCGCGUUUUCGAAUGUUGCGACACCUGUUGCAGUUCCUCUUAAUAAUGUUCGCCUGGUACACGGCCCUGACGCGUGUCUCCGACUACAAGCACCACUGGUCGGAUGUGUUAGCUGGCGGCUCCAUAGGCAUUGUCUAUGCGUUCCUAGUGACAUCGACAUUUUGGUAGGCUGGCCAAAUCGAACUUAGUUCAAAGUCUUAAUCAAUAUUUGGCUUUCAAAUUUGACGUGCAAGGAUAGCAAGGAUAGUUUUACGCCUGCGUACAACUUUAUUUAUAACAGUAUCUGCGAAUAUGGCGCAUAUAUCUGCAUAUUUAUGCAUGUGCUACUUAUGUACAAUGUACAGUAUCUCUAUUCCUAUGUGUAGGUGUGUUUUAUCUAUAUUUUUACUUAAUAAAAUUUUAAUGUGUAUGUCAAAAACGAA